GAACGUUCAGCCAUUAUUCCGACAUGGUGACUGCGGGAGGCUCCACUUGAUAAAUCCACACACGCGCGACGAAACCUGGACCCACGGAGCUCACCUCUGCGCUCAGGUGGUGUUUAUACCUCUCGCCUCCCGCGCGCGCGUCCUCUCCGGCGUCAUCUAAAGUCCCUGUCCUUGUGUGUUUAGUUCAUUUUUUGUUUGCUUGUUGCUGUUGGCGGUGCUGGUGCUCAGAUGACGGCACAGGUAGACUACCUGGUGGUGCUUUUCACCGCCACAUCUGGCGCGAGCGGAGACCUACUGGCAACGGACGAGAAGGAGCUCGUGCAGUUGGUUUGGCAGCUGGUGGAUGUAAAGAACAAAAAGUUGGGCAAGGUGAAUGAGCUCCUCAUUAGGCCUGACAUCUCAGACCUGACGCAGGAAAAAGAGGAGGAGGAUGUGGUGGAGGAGAGUGUUGAAGAGGAGAACGGAUCCGGAGCAGAUUGUGUCUCAACAUCCGUAAACUUUGAGGCGGCUCUGAACCUGUUUCAUCUCCAACUGACAAAUGAGGUGAACAGUGCAGGCGCAGGCACGUCAGUGUGUUUGUGUACAGACGGGCAGCUCCACAUCCGCCAAGUGAUUCACCCCGAGGCCGCGAGCAAGAACGUCCUGGUGCCAGACUGUUUCUACUCUUUUUUUGACCUUCGGAAAGAGUUCAAGAUGCAAUUCCCCGCGCCCGACCUCAAGGCUUUGAAUGUACACAUCAUGGCAGAGUCUCUUAGUAUCCCUGCUGAUGUGCCCCCCAUGUGGGACCCCUCAGCCACCCAAGAUCCAUCAGCCAUAUUGCCUGCAGAAGCAGCAGUACAGCAGGUCCAGAUUAUGGCCAGCGUUAUCCUUGCACUGCUUUCUGAGCCAUUCUGUCACACGUUUUCUAACUCGGAGAGAGUCAGUGAGAAGUUUGAGAGUGGAACUUGCAGUAAGAUGGAGAAAGUGUGCGACAACACAGUGAUCAGAGCCAGAGGGUUGCCAUGGCAGUCUUCUGAUCAGGAUAUUGCUCGAUUCUUCAGAGGACUCAACAUUGCCAAAGGAGGCGCUGCACUGUGUCUUAACGCUCAGGGGAGGAGGAACGGAGAAGCUCUUGUUCGUUUUGUCAGUGAAGAGCACAGAGACCUGGCACUGCAGAGACACAAACACCAUAUGGGCAACAGAUACAUAGAGGUUUACAAAGCAACAGGAGAGGACUUCCUCAAGAUAGCUGGAGGUACCUCCAAUGAGGUAGCAAUGUUCCUGUCCCGUGAGGACCAGAUCAUAGUGAGGAUGCGGGGUCUCCCUUUCACGGCCACACACGAGCAGGUGCUCGCCUUCUUCUCCCCCGAAGACGGCCUUAAAGAGACGUGUCCGGUCAGUGGAGGGAGGGACGGCAUCCUAUUUGUUCACUACCCGGACAGGCGUCCCACCGGCGAUGCCUUUGUUUUGUUUGCCUGUGAGGAACACGCCCAGUGUGCUCUGAGGAAACACAAGGAAAUCCUGGGGAGAAGAUACAUUGAGCUAUUUAAGAGCACAGCAGCAGAGGUCCAACAGGUGUUGAACCGGUACUCCUCGGCCCCUUUGAUCUCUGUGGCCCCUGCCCCCUUGGUGUCGGUGCUUCCUUCGGUGUCUCUUCUUCCUCCUCCUGGUGGUUUGAGGGACUGCCUGAGGCUGAGGGGGCUGCCUUACACAGCCAGCAUAGAGGACAUCCUCACCUUCCUGGGCGAGUUUACACACGAUAUCAGACCACAUGGCGUGCACAUGGUCCUCAACCAGCAGGGCCGUCCGUCGGGUGACUGCUUCAUCCAGAUGACCUCAGCAGAGCGAGCACUUCAGGCCUCACAGCGGCUCCACAAGCAUGUGAUGUCCAGCCAGCGUGGGGCGAACAGCCGCUACGUAGAGGUGUUCCCCUGCAGCGCUGAGGAGAUGGGCCUUGUGCUGAUGGGAGGCUCGCUCUCACACACACAUACACACACACACACCCGGAGCAGGAGUGGGACAGGGCUCAGCCCGCCGCCAUGUAAGUCCAGACGUUUAUCUCCUCCAUCGUACUCCUUCACUCCUGCACCUGCCGUCUUCCCGUCAGAGGCCGCUGCUGCCCUCUACCCUCCCAUUGGUCAGGUGCUGCUGACCCCUCGCCACCUGCCGCCAGGACACGCCUACUACCCAAGCGCAGCUCAGCUGUACAUGAAUUACACAGCCUACUACCCAAGUCCACCUGGCUCACCUACCACCGUAGGUUUCUUCCCCUCCCACUCCUCCCUAUCCUCCCCAGGGGGGUUGGUGCGUAUGCCAGGUUUGACAUACAGCAGCAAUGGAGUCAAAGACCUCAUUAGUGCAAUGCAGGGAUACCAGUACGCCCCCGAGGAUGCUCUCGUGCACGCCCAUGGGCCCAUGCAUGCUCACGACCCGGCCAGGACAAUGCUUACGCAGCCCAAAGAAUGGAGUCCCUUGGAGUCCGUUUCUCUCCUGAACAGCAGUCUGAUUGGUCAGUCCAAUGGAGGUGAUGCUCCUCUCAUGUCCCUCCCCGCUCUCAUGACCAAGCCGGCGGGACAGUACCUGGACCUGACUCUGCUGUAGGGUCACACAUACACAAAGGUCCCGUGACAGUGACCUGUAAUGUAUUGUUCGGUUGUUUUUUUUAAAUAGUCUUUUAGAUGUGUUAUUUAUAUCUUUAAGAACAGAAAUUAAUGUAUUUUAUACCAAAAUCAUUGUGGCCUUAGCCAAAAAAAUUGCGUGUUUUGUUUAUAUUGCACAGUGUGUAUUUUAAAAGCUUUAUAGAGAUUUUUUAAAACAUGUUAUAUUAUAAUCGCUAUGAUGUAUUUGCUAGCCAAACUGGAGAAGCCACUGAGCUAAAUCUUUUCUUGAGCUUUUCUGUGAAGAGUGAAAGUGUAUGUGUGAGUGUGAAAAUGAUGAGGAUGAGUUUUAUGCAUGGCUGUGUCGAUAUGUUUUAAUACUCAAUCCGUUUAUGCAAUGCAUUUUAUGUUUAUAUACAUUUGAUACAGUACAUAGUGAUUGUAUUGGAAGCUUUAGUGCAUGAAGAAGUAAGUAAGUAGUGAAUCUGAGAUGUUUACAUUAUGCCAAAUAUCAAUGCACUGCUAAUCAAUAAGACUAUUAAUGACUAUAAUAGCAGUGUCUUUGAAUGACAAUAUGUUACACUGUGAGUUUGUCAAAUAGUCCGAUCAUUGCGUCACACUUCACUUACAAAAAAUGUGACAUCUCACACAUCCCCUGUGCACCGCAUGUGGGUCAGUUUCCAUGUCGUGUAAUGCCAAUGUUGUCUUGCCUUUUGUGUUUGGAUUCCCCCCUGAAUAGAGGACAACCCCGGUUCUAGUAACAUAGCCACAGGGUUGCAUUCUUCAAGAAUAUUUCUGUCACAAGUUCUCACCUUACUGAGUUAAUAUCAGGAGCCAGAGUUGGUUUCUGGCAGAUUUUAUUACAUAUUUCACUCAGAUAGGACCACAAAGAUCCAGCAGUCCAUCACACCUUCCUUGGCUUCUUUCCACCAUCUUCACUGAUGUUGGGGAACGCGAUUGAAUAAACGGAUUCUUUUGCCAAAUCCCUCUUGCCAUUUUAAUUUUCAACAAACUCUGUAGCAGACUAGAUAGAAAGUUGAGAGGGAAAGGAAAUUUAAUUGCCAUAUUUUCCCUCAAAAAUUUGCAGUUUGGGCUCCAUUUUGCUGUACGCACAUUCUACAGUUUGAUUCCAAACUCCUGCUCAGGAUGUCCUACUGUGUUAUUUCCAUGCUGAAAAUAACAAAACAAUAAACAUAACAUGAAGUCU